CUCGGCCGCGCGCCGCGAGCUCCGGCGGCCGGUGAGUGCGGGCGGCGGCGCCGGGCGCGGAGGCCGGAAGACGCGGCGCCAGCAGCAGACCCAGCAGAAAGGCAGCAGGAUCCGGAGCUGUAGAGCGGCUGCUGCGAGCCCUCAGCGGCCUUCUGCCCUUUGGAGCGCGGGUGCCUCCCGCGAGCCUUCCAGCAUGUUCAACUUGAAGAAAAAGGACAAAGACAAAGAUGGGUCGAGGAAGGACAAGAAGGAAAAGAAGGAGAAAAAGGAGCGGAUGUCGGCUGCCGAGCUCAAGAGCCUGGAGGAGAUGAGCCUGCGCAGGGGCUUCUUCAACCUCAGCCGCACCUCCAAGAGAGAGUCCAAGACCCGGCUGGAGAUCUCCAACCCCAUUCCCAUCAAGGUGGCCAGCGGCUCAGACCUGCACCUCACGGACAUAGACUCAGACAGCAACCGGGGCAGCGUGAUCCUGGACUCGGGCCAUCUGAGCACAGCCAGCUCCAGCGAUGACCUCAAGGUGGAUGACACCAACUUCAAGGGCUCAGUCCUGCAGCGGGCGGCCAAGUUCGGCUCCCUGGCCAAGCAGAACUCCCAAAUGAUUGUCAAGAGGUUCUCCUUCUCUCAGAAGAGCCGGGACGAGAGUGCCUCGGAGACCUCCACGCCCUCCGAGCACUCUGCAGCCCCUUCCCCCCAGGUGGAGGUGCGCAUGCUGGAGACUCAGCUCAGCAAGCAGGGAGCACCCAUGGGCCACCUGAGGGCCCCCUCAUCAUCGGCGCUGCGAGCGAGGGUGCCUGAGGUGGUCAGCAAGAGGUUUCCUGCUGAACUGAGGCUGCCCGUGGUGGUGCCGCCCCAGCCCCCCGUUCCCCGGGAACUGGAGCUGCAGCGGCGUAACACCGGUGACUUUGGAUUCUCUCUGCGUCGCACGACCAUGCUGGACCGGGCCCCUGACGGGCAGGUGUACAGACGGGUGGUGCACUUUGCGGAGCCUGGUGCUGGCACCAAGGACCUGGCACUGGGGUUGGUGCCGGGGGACCGGCUGGUGGAAAUCAACGGCCGGAAUGUGGAGAACAAAUCUCGAGACGAGAUAGUGGAGAUGAUCCGGCAGUCAGGGGAGACUGUGCGGCUGAAAGUGCAGCCCAUCCUGGAGCUGAGCGAGCUGAGCCGCUGCUGGCUGAGGAGCAGCGAGGGGCUGCGCAGAGCGGCCUUCGAUGUUAAGGAUGAGGACAAACUUUUAUCUGUGAAAAGAACUGGGAAAGAGGAUGGGGCAUCAGAAAAUCCAAAUGCAGGGGAAGACGAGCCACCCGCUCCCCGAAGCCCAGAGCCUCCAGAGAGAGUGAAGAGCCCAGAGCCUCUGCUCAACGGCGAUAACCAGCCUCCCUCCCACACACCUGCCCAGACCAUGAACGGCCUGGAAGGAUCCAGGCCUGGCUCGUUGGCCCAGCCUGAGCCGCUGGGAGAGGAGAGCCAGGGCCUGUCCAGGAAGAGAGUGGUGAGGGUGGUGCGGAAGGUGGUGCGCAAAGUCCUGCCUGGCGAGGCCUCUGGCAGCACCAAGGAGCUGGGGAGGGACGUGAAGUCUCCUGAGCCAGCUUCGCCAGCCAAGAAGGAAGAGAAGGUGCCACCAAGGCUGGUGUCUCCACCUCCAUUGCCUGCGUCCUCCCCAAAGCCGGAGCCCAAGGAGACUGGCCCAAAGGACGAGAUCUCGGUGGGUCUGAGAAGCCUGAUGUCCCGAGGCAAAACCAAACAGCACAGGCCUCGCCUCAGGCCAGCGGAGAAGCAGGAGGAGGAGAAACCUCCUGAGCCGAAGACACCCCCAGUGGGGAAGGAACCCGAGAAGCCUGGCUCCCCAUCUCCUGUGGAGGAGGAAGGGCCAGUAGCCACCCCUGACCCCAAAGCAAAACAAGAGCAGAUGGUGCAACCCUCAGGAACCAAAGUGGAGCCUACACAAGUGGCACCUCAGAAAGCAGCUGCUCCGGGGCAAGCCAAGAAACCCCAGCCAGCGGAGAAGCAGCUGCCUCCCCCUGGAGCCGCAGAGGGAUCCCCCCAGCAGGCUGUAGCCGGCCCCAGUGCCCAGCUGACCCCAGUGGAGGAAGCUCACAGAAGGCUGGAGAGGAUCUUCAUGGCUUCUCUGGAGCCUGUGGCCUCCCCGUCAGCACAGAGUCAGGUACUGUACCCCUGCCCACAGGAGCUCUCAGCUUCCACCGGUGACCUUCCACCGUCGUCUGUCUGCCUCUGGGCUGGUGUCUGUGCACGCGCCUCAUGCUGGAGUGGACAGGUGGACGAUGCCCCAGCAGCCAUGUUUGGCCCAGCCUCCACUGCGUCCCUGCCUCAGGCGAAGACGGAGGAGCAGAUCGCGGCUGAGGAGGCCUGGUAUGAGACGGACAAGGUGUGGCUGGUCCACAAGGAUGGCUUCUCCUUGGCGAGCCAGCUGCGGGCAGAUGAAGCGAGCCUCCUGCCCGAAGGGAAGGUGAAGGUGAAACUGGACCACGAUGGGGCCGUGCUGGACGUGGACGAGGAUGACGUGGAGAAGGCGAACCCGCCCUCCUGUGACCGGGUGGAGGACCUGGCGAACCUCGUCUAUCUCAACGAAUCCAGCGUGCUGCACACAGUGCGCCAGCGCUACGGCGGUAACCUGAUCCACACCUACGCGGGGCCCACCACGCUGGUCGUCAACCCGCUCAGCUCCCCCUCCAUGUACUCGGAGAAGGUGAUGCACAUGUUCAAAGGGUGCCGCAGGGAAGACAUGUCUCCGCACAUCUACGCCGUGGCCCAGGCCGCCUACCGCACCAUGCUGAUGAGCCGCCAGGACCAGUCGGUCGUCCUGCUGGGGAGCAGCGGCAGCGGCAAGACUGUAUGCUGCCAGCACCUGAUCCAGUACCUGGCCACCACAGCCGGCAGCACGGGGAAGGUCUUCUCAGUGGAGAAGUGGCAGGCGCUCUACACCAUCCUGGAGGCUUUUGGCAAUAGCAGCACCAGUAUGAAUGGCAACGCCACUCGCUUCUCCCAGAUCGUCUCGCUGGACUUCGAUCAGGCUGGCCAGGUGGCCUCAGCCUCCAUACAGACCAUGCUGCUGGAGAAGCUCAGGGUCACCAAGCGGCCGGCCAACGAGGCCACCUUCAAUGUCUUCUACUACCUCCUGGCUGGCAUGGACAACGCCCUCAGAACCGAGCUUCACUUCAGCCACUUAGCAGAGACCAACGUGUUUGGGAUUGUGCCACUGUCCAAGCCGGAAGAAAAGCAGAAGGCAGCCCAGCAGUUCAGCAAGUUGCAGGCUGCCAUGAAAGCGGUGGGCAUCUCCAGCGAUGAGCAGAAGGCGUUCUGGCUCGUCCUGGGGGCCAUUUAUCAUCUGGGGGCCGCAGGAGCCACCAAAGACACCGAUGAAGCUGGGAGGAAGCAGUUUGCUCGGCACGAGUGGGCCCAGAAGGCUGCUUACCUGCUGGGCUGCAGCCUGGAGGAGCUGUCUUCAUCUAUCUUCAAGCACCAGCCCAAAGGGAGCCUGCAGCGAUCCACGUCCUUCCGCCAGGGGCCCGAGGAAGCUGGCUUGGGAGAUGGCUCAGGCUCCAGGCUGACAGCUCUGGACUGCUUGGAAGGCCUGGCCUCUGGCUUGUAUUCAGAGCUCUUCACGCUGCUCAUCUCGCUGCUGAACAGGGCGCUAAAGUCCAGCCAGCACUCGCUGUGCUCCAUGAUGCUUGUGGACACCCCAGGCUUCCAGAACCCCGAGCUGACAAACCAGAGCCGCGGGGCCAGCUUUGAGGAGCUCUGCCACAACUACGCCCAGGAGCGGCUGCAGACGCUGUUCCACGAGCGCACCUUCUCUCAAGAGCUGGAGAGAUACAAGGAGGAAAACAUAGAGCUUGCAUUAGAUGACCUAGAGCCCAGUACAUCUGGCUCUGUAGCUGCUGUAGACCAAGCCUCACACCAAGCACUGGUGCGUUCCUUGGCCCGCACGGAUGAGGCCCGUGGGCUCCUGUGGCUGCUGGAGGAGGAGGCUUUGCAGCCUGCAGGGAAUGAGGACACGCUGCUGGAACGGCUCUUCGCCUACUACGGGCCCCAGGAGGGAGAUAAGAAAGGUCACAGCCCGUUACUGCGCAGCGACAAGCCCCGCCACUUCUUCCUGGGUCACAGCUACGGCACCAACUGGGUGGAGUACGACGUCACAGGCUGGCUGCAUUAUGUCCGGCAGAACCCAGCCUCUCAGCACGCCGCAGCUGUCCUGCAGGACUCUCAGAAGAAAAUCAUCAGCAGCCUGUUUAUGGGCCGGGCAGGUGCGGCCAUGGUGCUGUCGGGGUCCAUCGCCGGCUUGGAAGGCGGGUCUCAGCUGGCCCUGCGCAGGGCUACCAGCAUGCGCAAGACCUUCACCACGGGGGCGGCAGCGGUGAAGAAGAAGUCGCUAUGCAUUCAGAUCAAGCUGCAAGUGGAUGCUCUGGUUGACACCAUCAAGAAGUCGAAGGUCCACUUUGUGCACUGCCUCCUGCCCAAAGCGGAGGGCUGGAGCGGGGACCCCAAGGGGCUGGCGGCCCGGCGGAUCAGCAGCAGUGAGCUGGACCUGCACGGGGAGCACUGUGAAGCGGGGCUCAUGCAGCUCGACGUGCCCCUGCUGAGGGCCCAGAUCAGGGGCUCCCGGCUCCUCGACGCACUGCGCAUGUACCGGCAAGGUUACCCGGAUCACAUGGUCUUCUCGGAGUUCCGGCGGCGCUUCGACGUUCUGGCCCCUCACCUGACCAAGAAACACGGGCGGAAUUACAUCGUCACGGACGAGAAACGGGCUGUGGAGGAGCUCCUGGAAUCGCUGGACCUCGAGAAGAGCAGUUACCACAUGGGCCUGAGCCGGGCGUUUUUCCGGGCAGGGACCCUGGCCAAGCUUGAGGAGCAGCGAGACGAGCAAACGAGCAAGAACAUUGCACUCUUCCAGGCUGCGUGCAGGGGCUUCCUAGCACGCCAGCACUUCAAGAAGAGAAAGAUCCAGGAGCUGGCUAUCCGCUGUGUGCAGAAGAACAUCAAGAAGAACAAGGGGGUGAAGGACUGGCCCUGGUGGAAGCUCUUCACCACCGUGCGGCCCCUCAUCGAGGUGCAGCUGACAGAGGACCAGAUCCGGGGCAAAGACGAGGAGAUCCAGCAGUUGAAGGGCAAGCUCGAGAAGGUGGAGAAAGAGCGCAGCGAGCUGCGGCUAGGGAGCGACCGGCUGGAGAGCAGGGUGGCAGAGCUCACGGCCGAGCUGACGGACGAGCGGCACACGGGGGAGUCGGCCUCCCAGCUGCUGGAUGCGGAGACGGCCGAGCGGCUGCGGGCGGAGAAGGAGAUGAAGGAUCUGCAGGCCAAGUACGAGGUGCUGAAGAAGCAGAUGGAGUCCAUGGAAAUGGAGGUGAUGGAGGCGCGGCUCAUCCGGGCGGCCGAGCUCAACGGGGAGCUCGACGACGAUGACUCAGGCGGCGAGUGGCGGCUGAAGUACGAGCGAGCCGUCCGCGAGGUGGAUUUCACCAAGAAGCGCGUACAGCAGGAGUUCGAGGACAAGCUGGAGGUGGAGCAGCAGAGCAAGAGGCAGCAGGAGAGAAGACUGGCGGAUCUUCAGGCUGACAACGAGGAGUGCCAGCGUGCCCUGCACCAGCUGAAGAAGAAGUGUCAGCGCCUGACGGCAGAGCUGCAGGACACCAAGCUGCACCUGGAGGGGCAGCAGGGGCGCAACCACGAGCUGGAAAAGAAGCAGCGAAGGUUUGACAGCGAGCUCGCUCAGGCUCACGAAGAAGCCCAGCGAGAGAAGCUGCUGCGGGAGAAGCUGAGUCGGGAGAAGGACAUGCUCAUCACAGAGGUCUUCGGCCUCAAGCAGCAGCUGCAGGACAGAGACUCCGACAUCAUGAGCUUCACCCAGAAGGUGGAAGCCCUGGAGGCCGAGCUCCAAGACGUCUCCUCCCAGGAGUCCAAGGAUGAGGCCUCCCUGGCCAAGGUGAAGAAGCAGCUGCGGGACCUAGAGGCGAAGGUCAAGGACCAGGAGGAGGAGCUGGAUGAGCAGGCCGGGACCAUCCAGCUGCUGGAGCAGGCCAAGCUGCGUCUGGAGAUGGAGAUGGAGCGCCUGCGGCAGACCCACUCCAAGGAGGUGGAGAGCCGCGACGAGGAGGUGGAGGAGAUCAGGCAGUCGUGCCAGAAGAAGCUGAAGCAGAUGGAAGUGCAGCUGGAGGAGGAGUACGAGGAUAAGCAGAAGGUGCUGAGAGAGAAACGGGAGCUGGAGAGCAAGCUGUCUGCGGCUAGUGACCAGGUGAGCCAGCGGGACUUUGAGACGGAGAAGCGUCUGCGCAAGGAUCUGAAGAGAACCAAGGCGCUGCUGGCGGAUGCCCAGAUCAUGCUGGAUCACCUGAAAAACAACGCGCCCAGCAAGAGGGAGAUCGCUCAGCUCAGAAAUCAGCUGGAGGAGUCUGAAUUCACCUGCGCAGCGGCAGUCAAGGCCCGCAAGUCCAUGGAGGUGGAAAUCGAGGAUCUUCACCUGCAGAUCGAGGACAUCUCCAAAGCCAAGGCAGCCCUGGAGGAGCAGCUGAGCCGGCUGCAGCGGGAAAAGAACGAGGUGCAGAGCCGCCUGGAGGAGGACCAGGAGGACAUGAAUGAACUGAUGAAGAAGCACAAAGCAUCAGUGGCCCAGGCCUCCCGGGAUCUGGCCCAGAUAAACGACCUCCAGUCCCAGCUGGAAGACGCCAACAAAGAGAAGCAGGAGCUGCAGGAGAAGCUACAAGGGCUGCAGAGCCAGCUGGAGUUCCUCGAGCAGUCCAUGGUGGACAAGUCUCUAGUCAGCCGGCAGGAAGCCAAGAUCCGGGAGCUGGAGACGCGGUUAGAGUUCGAGAGGACCCAAGUCAAACGCCUGGAGAGCCUGGCCAGCCGCCUGAAGGAGAACAUGGAGAAGCUGACGGAGGAGCGGGACCAGCGUGCAGCCGCUGAGAACCGGGAGAAGGAGCAGAACAAGCGGCUGCAGCGCCAGCUGCGGGACACCAAGGAGGAGAUGGGCGAGCUGGCCAAGAAGGAAACUGAGGCCAGCCGCAAGAAGCAUGAGCUGGAAAUGGACCUGGAGAGCCUGGAGGCCGCCAACCAAAGCCUGCAGUCAGACCUGAAGCUGGCGUUCAAGCGGAUCGGGGACCUGCAGGCUGCCAUCGAGGACGAGAUGGAGAGCGAUGACAACGAGGACCUCAUCAACAGUUUGCAGGACGUGGUGACAAAGUAUCAGAAAAGAAAGAAUAAACUCGAGGGUGACUCCGAUGUGGACUCGGAGCUGGAGGACCGCGUGGAUGGAGUGAAAUCGUGGCUGUCCAGGAACAAAGGCUCCUCCAAAGCAGUCUCCGAUGACGGCAGCUGGAAGAGCUCCAGGUCGGCCCUGAACUUAGCCCCCAAGGAGAGGAAGGAAGGCAGAGAGGCCGAGGAGCGGCCGGUCUCUGUCAUGAGCUCCCUGAGCUACAGGAAACGCCUCAACGUGAAGGACUCUAUUGGCGGCCAGGGGGACGAGGAGACUCUCUUCUCCACCCUGAGCGAGCGGCCGGCCUCCCCAGACAGGUCUUUCCGCAAGGCCAAGCACAGCUCGGCGGCCAGCAGCCAGGAGGAGACCGGCUCCAUCUGCUCAUGGAAGAAAUCCCCAGGCAGCGAGGACCCUGAAAACAGGGGCUCUGUCAUCUCCCAAGCCUUCUCGGAGGCCAGCAGCAGAGCCCGGACGGGGCUGGAGAAGAGGUGGUCUGUCACCACAGCUGACUUUGACCAGGCCUCUGCCCUGUCUGCCCCGGCCAGCCGGGCUGCCUCCUCCCGGCGCGGGCUGGAGGGUGACGAGGCUGACGCUAGGUCUACACUGAGCUUCACGCUGUCAAGCCCGGACAGCUUGCGGCGCAGCACGUCCCGGCUCAGCGAGCCGCUGGCUGGCGUCUCCAGUGCCCUCAGCCCCCCACUGAGCCACCGGGCAGAGCUGGGGCUGGAGACCUCGACCCUGGGCAGCCGGCUUGACUCCCGGCUCUCCCUGAGCAGGAGCCGGCUGGAUGAGUUGGAUGACUUGUCUAGUGUGGCUCUGAGCGACACCCGCUCCCUGUACAGCCAGCACUCGCUUGGGCGCAGCUUCUCCGUGCCCCCCCGGCCCAGGACCUCCGCCUCCGAUGAGGUGCAGCCGGAGGUCUCAGACAUCCGGCCCGUCAGCCACCGCUCCUACCUGGACCCUGACCUGGAGGCUGCCAUCAAUGAGGUCCUCAGCUACAAGCCCAUCAAGUUCAAGCGCUCCAGCUUGGACCCAGACUCGGAGGAGGAGGACAAGAGGAGCGUGCGGAGCGCCAGGAGCGCCACCCGGCCGGAGAGCUCGGAGCACUCCUUCAGCAGCCUGCGCCGGUCCGCCUCUGCCUUGGACUGCUCCCGGCCUCACGGCAGCAAGGGCCGGAGGAACAGCAGCAGCUCCGAAGAUGAUUCCUCGGAGGAGGAGCGCAGGAAGAGCGCCAGGAAGCAUGCCAAGAAGAAGUCCAAGAAGAAGAAGAAGCUGCCUUCAGAUUCGGAGUCCUCCUCGGACUCCUCGUCCAGCUCCUACCACAGCAGCUCCAGCGUCAAGAAGGGCCCCAAGAAGAAGAGCCCAGCCUCCGAAGGGGAGGGAGCCGCGGAGGGGCGGGAUGCAGAGAAAUCAGGCAAGCGCCUGAGGAAGGAGGAGAAGAAGCGGAAGAAGCAGGUGGACAGCCUGAUGAUGAAAUACCUCUACCGGCCCGAGAGCGACUAAGGCACCCCCCCGGCUACCGCCGACAGUUAGCCUGCGACAAAUCGGAGGAGGAGCGAGCCCCUUUGGAAAGCACGCACAGGUCCAGGUACUCCUCCAGGAGCCACCUGAGUGACAGCGACACAGAGAGCAAGCCAGCGGA